AUGAGAAAGCACGAGCACAUGGUUGGCUUUUUCUCAUUGCCAGGAUUGGCAACCGAUGAUCCCUGGAAUGCGACGCACUUCUACAUCCCCGCGCCAUUUUUCUUGUGGGAUGACUCUUGGUAUCACGGACUUGAGGCGCUGAUCCAAGUUGUGCAAGGCUUGAGCCCCGAGCUGUGUCGUGAAGUGUCAUGUCAGGCAUGCCAAGCAGAUCCUGACCGUGUCCUCCAAGAUCACCAGAGGCUGAGCACCGAUGUCGAUGCAGUGGAAUCAAGUGACAUGGACCUGCACACUCAGACGUGGAAGAAUGUUCAGAUGGCAGGCUGA